UCGUCUCUCCUUUCUUUAAUGGAAGGGAGGGCAAGGGCUGACAUACAACAAAUGAAACAUAAAUUUAUGCACAACUCGAGAGCUAAUCAAGCAAUUGGAACCAAAUUUGUCAUGUGAAGGUUAAGGGGGUAAGCAAUAUUUUCCCCUAUCACAUGGUAUCCGCUAUAGUGUGAACUAGACAUUAGAUAUUGUUCGUUUUUCAUAUUCAUAAACAACCAGGAAAAUCACAUUCACAGGCGAAGGAUUUAUUUCAGGUUCAAGAGUAAUGUGUUUAUAACAAUGUAAUGCGUUUGUAACAAUUAGUACAUACACUUUAUUUUGAUUUCUUUUAUUUUUCAAACCAUCGUGUUGAAAUCGCAAGAAUGCAAUUCUGCAUGUUUGUACAUGAAGGUUUUCGAGCACGGUAAGAGAUUUUUAAUACUAGUUUGAUCUCAUCGUUUAUCAACGGGGAGUGAAGUUUAUUUUUGCAAGCUUUGGAUCUUGUAGCUUGAUCAUCAUUUACAUUUUUGUGAACAUUUUUUAUUGUAUUGCGGAUCUUCAAACAAAAUGAAACAAACAAUUUUGAUCGACCAUUUAUAAUUUAGCAGAUACUUUGCACAUAUGUAUCUAUAAGCAAAAAAUAUUCGAAGUAUUAAUAUUUUUACUAUGGGGCCUAUUACAGAGGGCAGAAUUUUGGUAUUAAAGAUGGCGAGUCGGUUGGAUUUUUGAAGAGUACUUUGCACUAACACAACAUUUUGCUCGUCUUAUCAGUGACUGGGGCGAGGCAAGUUGCUCGGCUCGUGUUCUGUAAUAGGCUCCCAUUAGUAUUUAGUUUAAUCACAAAAGUAAUAUUGAUGAUUAGAAAUAUUUUAAAACCAGAACGGGUGCAAUUCAAGCAUCCGGGGUGUAAUUUAAGCAUUCAUACGCUUUUAAGCGGCGUCGUUGAUCAUUAUCAAACGUUUUUUUUAUUGGACAACUUGCACAACUGUAUCUUGUCAAGCUAUUAUUUAGCAAUGGAGAAAAAGCUUCAAAGAAGCUAAAAUAAAGUCCUGAUAAUCAUUUUGAAACAUCAUUCUUGGUUUAAUACUCUCGAUGUACAUUUACCUACUUAAUAACUGUUGGCUCUCCACAAGAACUUACAGAACGAUAUUGCUUGUGCUGUCUCUGGUAUUAAUUACGUUUAUACUUUCUUAUUAAAAGGAUUCCGAUGCCAUAUGCCAAACUGCAUGACAACACAUGAGACACUGGAUCAAUUGAAGGCUCACUUCACCGAAGAACACCGUUUAAAAUCAAAUUCCAAAAACCAACCACCUUACAAAUGCACCAUAUGUAUCAGACCAGUACUAUUUUCUGCGUUCGAUGCACUCAAGAAGCAUUACCAAAGAUACCACAAUCAAAUAGCGGAAGCAGCCGGGACUGUUCGAUUGAGCUCUGAAAUGCCUUGCGCUGCGAACGAACUACCAGACACGACUAUUGAAGCAUCAAAAAUAAAGAAUCCUUUCUAUUUUUCAAUGCAAACUAUUUCAAUAGAACAAAUUUCGUCGAACUGUGCUUCUAUCGUCACAAGAAUGAGAAGUGAUGUUAAAUUGCCGGAAUCAAAAAUCAAAUGUUUCAUAGAUGCAUCAACGAAAUUGUAUGAAAACAUGCAGACCCACACUGUUAGCAUCAUUAGACAAUUUUUGGAGAAGAAACGUAUACCAGUUGAUGAUGCAGUUGAUCUGAUAAACGGCGUGUUCAUACCAAAUCCGUUCACAGACGUGAAGUCGCACGUUAGUAAUCUGGCAUUAUUGGAGUUUAAAGCAGGAUGUCCCCUACCAGUCGUAAAAACAAUUAAACUUGGCAAAACGAAAACAAUAGAACCCAGUCCAAUUCAAAGAAGACAAGGCAAACUAAAUUUGAACAAGCUUCGUUCCGACAAACCACUCAAAAAGUACGAUUUGUUCAUGACUACGCACAUUACAUUCCUAUAACGGACACUCUUCGUCUCAUUAUGUGUAAUCCUGAGGCAAGGGCAAUAGUUACUCAAGAAGAGCCACGCAGUGAUGGAACAAUAUGUUCAUACAAAGACGGAUCUCAGUUCCGAUCUCAUACUUAUUUGCGAACAUAUCCUUAUGCUUUAAGAUUGUCUCUCCAUUUGGACGACGUUGAACUACUGAAUCCUUUGGGCUCACGAAAAGGAAAGAAGAAACUUACCGUGAUUUCAUUUAAAAUACAAAAUUUACCUUCUGCACUCAAUACAUCGCUCUGUCGAAUAUAUACCAAUUUAAUUGUGAAUACGAAAAAUCUGAAAAAGUAUGGAUUUAAUUUGGUACUCCAGCAACUAAUAGAGGAUUUAGUUGAGCUAGAAUCCGACAAAGGAAUUUUGAUCAACACAGCAUAGGGAUAUUUUACGAUGCGAGCGGUAUUAGUUGAUAUACUUGGCGAUACUCUAGCGGUACAUGAUGUUUUGGGGAUGCUCAGCCCUUCGGCUAAAAUGUUCUGCCGAACAUGCUACGCCAAUCGUGAUUCAUUGAAAGCCGGUGAGCUUGGUGAUAACUAUCCAGCACGGACAGUAGCCAGUACUAAAAGCGACUUGGAAGCUCUUCAAGCAGGAAAAACAACACCUGGUCAAGUUGGGUUGGUGCGCGAUUGUUCAUUCCACAAGCUGAAAUAUUUUCACAUGGCAAACAAUUUGACGUUCGAUCCCAUGCAUGACUUACUCGAAGGAGUAGCAGGUAUGGUAAUUAAACUAUUUCUAAGGGAUGCACUGAACAAAAAAAAUAUAACAAUUGGAGAAAUAAAUAGAAGAAUUAACGAUUUUGAUUAUGGUGACGCCGAGAAAGGCAAUAAACCAUCAGCAAACUUUACGGUGGAUAUGUUAAAGAAAAAAACCAAUUGCAUAAGCCAAUCAGCUGCGCAAACAUGGUCAUUAUUGCGAGCCUUCCCUUUCCUGUUCAGUGAUUGUUUUAAUCAGGAGGAUAACAGCGUAGAAAUGCUUCAUGCAUUGCAGAAAAUAACGUAUUACUCAUUCUCAAACAGUAUGAACAGAGUCAUGAUAGACGAUUUGCAACAUGCCAUAAACACAUUUCAUCGCGAGUUCUGCGCUCAUUAUCCUGAUAACAUAAUUAACAAAAUUCAUCAUUUGAGUCACUAUCCUGCUAAAGUUAUGGAGAAGGGACCAUUAGUUAAUGACAGCUGUAUGCUUUUCGAAAGUGAAUUCAAAGGAGCGAAGGGGCAAGCGAAAAACUGUAACAACUUCAGAAAUAUUACAUUUAGUUUAGCAAAAAGAUUGAAUUUGAAGCAAAUUAAUGACAUAAUCAACCAUCAUUAUGACAUCGAAAGAAAAACAGUUUUUAGUACUCGUACGGUAAACAAAAACACUCUAGAAUACAAGUCUCUCUUGUUUGAUUUACCAGAAGAAAUAACCAUGAUUUUGCAUUACUCAUGUGAUGAAACGAGUUUUGCUGCUGGACUUACUGUUAAAUAUCGAAAAUGUGGAUACACGUGCUACGGAAUCAUAAUUACGAUAGUUGAUGUACUAUCGGAAUACGUUUUCAUUAUACAAGAAUUGGAAAUGAUUGAGUUCUGCAGAAAAAAACACGCCUAUAAAACAACUAUAUCACAGCGCAUUCAUCGAACAACUGAAUCGAACAUUUCCAAGAGAAAAACCUAUAGCUUAUGGAAAUGUAGCAGUUCUACCGAUGAAACAUAUUACAUAAGUUUAAAAUACUUCGAUGAAUAACAGUAAUCUCAUACGAUAGGACUGAUUCAUUGGUUGGAGAAAGAUUGAUGUCGGAAAAAGUUUGAAGAUGUAAUAUUACGCAAUUAUCAUUUUUAAGGAAAAUUGGCUCGGUUAUAUGAUAAACUCAUGACAAAAUUGGAUCAAGAUUCAAAAGAUAAAUUUGCAGUGAACCUAGCUACAGAUUUAGGCAUUGAUUCAAGCCUGCGGUAUUUGAAAACUCAUAAAUACAUACAUUACUCAGAAGUUAACUUUAAUGGUAAUGUUAACAAACUAUGCAAAAAGGAAACAACAGGUUUGUGUAAUCCAUGUGUUUCUAAUGAAUUCAGCGUUUCUGAUUAAUACAAACUUUGUAAUAUUUUAUGCAGUGUACUAAUCGUUUUUUUAUAAGCAAUAGAAUGAGUAAAAUAAUUAUUAACCCUCUGUAAUUAACUGUAAUUAACUUGAACUAACUGCCUACGGGGUAGCACUGUUAUAUCAAUUAUUUUCUGAAUCUCAGAUUUAGCCAUUUCAUCAACAAUGAUGUAAUAUUUGCGAAUUCCUUUAACAAGGCUUCGAUUAGAAUGAAUUUAACUUUCGGUAUUAUCCAAUAAACUGUUGAUUUAGUUGGUGCCUCGUCAUGCCUUUUGUUUUUUUAUCUACUUUAUACAUGUAUAUUAAAAAUUAAAUAAUUUGCCUU